AAGUAGCGUCACAGACAGCGGAGGACGACACGCGCGCGCUGCUUCUAGAUGACAGACCUAACGUAAACAUACCUUUCCUGCCUCUUUAUCACCCUAACACAGUCUCUCCUGCUCUCGGGAAGCCUGGAGAAGAAGAAUGACUGACGAAGGAAUGCUAAUCUCACCGUCGGCUCUCCAGGAUCCCGGGGACGGAGCGAAACCUGAAGACAUCAGUAUGGAUUGUACGGACGGGGAAGAUGAAUUGUGUUUGGAAGAGAUUUUAACUCUGUACAGUCAGCCGAUCAAUGAGGAGCAAGCCUGGGCCGUGUGUUAUCAGUGUUGCAGGUGGUUAACUCAAAAACAGAGACGGAAAGAGACAGGUGGGAGUCCACCUGGACGGAUUGCGGGUCCUGGAGAUGUGAGGAUCCGGAAGGACGGGACUGUGAAAUUAUAUCAACAGAGCAGUCCAGAUAAACACAUCCCGCCCAGUACAUCAAUAGAGAUCAUAGAGUCUCUGGGUAUAAUGAUCUAUAAGGCUUUGGAUUACGGCUUGAAGGAGCAUGAGGAGAGAGAGCUCAGCCCUCCUCUGGAGCAGCUCAUCGACCUCAUGACCAACAUGGCAGACACAGAAACAGACUGUCCUGAUGAGGGAUAUGAGGCAACAGAGGAAGAGGAUGAGGGAGAUGAAGAACUCACAGAAGUCUCCAACAUCCGUGGCUACCGUGACAUCAUUUCCCUGUGCACGUCUCAUCUUCCCGGCCCAUCAGAUGCUCGCAACCACUACCAGGCCGUAUGUCGAGCCCUGUACGCAGAGACCAAGGAGCUACGCACCUUCCUAGAGAAGAUCAAGAGUGCCAAAGAGAAUUUGCGGAAGAUGGAAGGAGAAACAGAGGAGCCUGUCAGAGACCUGAAUGAGCUGCAGAAUGCUGACUGGGCACGGUUUUGGGUGCAGGUGAUGAGGGACCUGAGACAUGGUGUGAAGCUGAAGAAGGUCCAGGAGCGUCAGUAUAACCUUCUACCCAUCGAGUUCCAGCUCACGCCUUAUGAGAUGCUCAUGGACGACAUCCGCUCCAAACGCUACAAACUUCGCAAAGUCAUGGUCAAUGGUAACAUUCCUCCGAGGUUAAAGAAGAGUGCUCACGAGAUCAUACUGGAAUUCAUUCGCUCCAGACCUCCACUGAAUCCUGUUUCUGCUCGUAAGCUAAAGCCUCAUCCAACAAGACCUCCCAGUCUUCAUGAACGUAUCCUGGAAGGGAUCCGGUCGGAGAGAAAGCUCAGGCCCGUCUCACCUGAUAUGAUCCGUAGGAGUCGACUCGUAAUGCGCCCACUUAGCAUGUCUGUCAGUUUUGACUCAUCAGGCGCAGGCAAAAGUAUGAGCACCCCACAGGACUUGUUCCGAAGCUCAGACAUCCCUGACGGACACCGAAAGUUGGCCGUCAGCACACUGUCCCUGGCCAAUGGCACGUCGCCAGCUCGGAGCCCCGUAAACGGUGUAGCCGGAGGUCAGCCGCUGUCCCAGAGAAAGAGGUUGCUCAAAGCGCCUACGCUGGCUGAGCUUGAUAGCUCCGACUCGGAUGAGGAGUUCUGCUACCCCGUCGAGUGCCUGACUUUGACCGUAGAGGAGGUGAUGCAUAUCAGACAGGUUCUUGUUAAAGCAGAGCUGGAGAAGUUCCAGCAGUAUAAAGACGUCUAUAAUGCGCUAAAGAAAGGAAAGGAGGAGUUCUGCUACCCCGUCGAGUGCCUGACUUUGACCGUAGAGGAGGUGAUGCAUAUCAGACAGGUUCUUGUUAAAGCAGAGCUGGAGAAGUUCCAGCAGUAUAAAGACGUCUAUAAUGCGCUAAAGAAAGGAAAGCUUUGCUUCUCAUGUCGGACGAAGAAGUUCUCGCUCUUCACCUGGUCCUACACAUGCCAGUUCUGCCUGUUUGUUCACAGUGCUAUGAAGUUGCCCUCCAAGCCCCAUGCCAGCCUGCCCAUCUCCUCUCUGGGCCCCAGCAUCCUGCCCAAAAAGGAGUCUACAGCAUCAGCCGCGACAGAGAAGCCCUCCUCCACAUCCAGCCACAAGCGUCACAGCCUUCAGCGCACAAUGUCCAGGUGGGCUUCACAAAUGAUGGAGAGACAUGUAAUGGUUUUUCCAUCCCUCAUUCUCGGGUGUGACAGCAUGGCAUGUUUAAAUAUGCAGUGUAUACUUGGCAUGUUUGUGAAAGUGAUAUGUUGGUUUCAGGAGGAGUUCUGCUACCCCGUCGAGUGCCUGACUUUGACCGUAGAGGAGGUGAUGCAUAUCAGACAGGUUCUUGUUAAAGCAGAGCUGGAGAAGUUCCAGCAGUAUAAAGACGUCUAUAAUGCGCUAAAGAAAGGAAAGCUUUGCUUCUCAUGUCGGACGAAGAAGUUCUCGCUCUUCACCUGGUCCUACACAUGCCAGUUCUGUAAGAGGCCUGUUUGUUCACAGUGCUGUAAGAAGAUGAAGUUGCCCUCCAAGCCCCAUGCCAGCCUGCCCAUCUCCUCUCUGGGCCCCAGCAUCCUGCCCAAAAAGGAGUCUACAGCAUCAGCCGCGACAGAGAAGCCCUCCUCCACAUCCAGCCACAAGCGUCACAGCCUUCAGCGCACAAUGUCCAGAUCAUCAAAGCACGCUGAGCGCUCGUCCUCCAAAGACGAGCUGGAGCUGCCGGAGCAGUUCACAGCGGACUGGAGCAGCAUGGAGGUCUGCGUGGACUGCAAGAAGUUCAUCAAUGACAUAAUCAGCAACAGCAGGCGCAACCUGACCACCAAACGUGCCCGGCUGCACCGCAGGACCCACUCCGUCUACUUGUCCAACACCAGCUCUUCCAACUACAAACCCUCAGAACGGACUAUCAAAGAGGUUUAGGAUGUUACAUACUGUAUGAAAAAUACGCCCACUUUUGUUAGCUUUGUAUAACGUUCCUUCAAUACCACUUCUUUUCCAUUUAAAAAGUGCCAGAGGUGAAGGAGUAAAGCCGUCCCUCUUCCAGCAUGAGUCCUUAAGCACCAGCCUUCUCAGGAAAAGGUUUCUUCUGUGAUUAAAGCUUUGGAAUGUAGUUUAACACACUUUAAAUUGACUUCGACCAGCUUUUCUCAAAUGAACACACAGAAUGAAAUGACAGUGUGAAAAAAGAUAUCGCAAGGCUGCUUUGAUCACUGAAAGACACAAGGCCUGAAUGUACAUUUUUCAAUGGAGCUCAAUUGUAUGUGAAUAGUUGCUGAAUGCUCAGCCUAAAUGUAAAUAGGCAUCCAAACUGACUUAUUUUCCCCUUUUAGGAAGUACUAGUCGAUUGCUGAAAGACCAAGAGACUGUAGAUUUAUUCAGCCUCCGCAACAAUUCAAGAUCAAGUCUUACCAAAUGUUUUUCUUAUUGUUUGUUAAAAUUACUGCUGUGAUUGUGACGUGGUCCAAACGAAUGCCGCUUUAGAUAAUUACAGAAAGUACUUACAGAUUAAUAUAUUUUUCCUGUCUGAUGGCAGUGUUUUUGAGAUUUUAGUCAAAGAUGAGGGACAAGAAGUGUUUUUUAAGAGCGGAUGCUGAAAGCUGUAGUGUUUCUUAAAGGAGUGAUCGGCUGUGCCAAACAAAUCUCCACUAUCUGAGCAAUAUGUGUCUUUGACCUGAUGUACAUAGUCAAUAACAUUUACCGGAGAUGGUGACGGCCCAAAGGGGGAAGCCAGUUCUCUCUUUUAUAUAGGAAGUGACUUUUGUAGGAUAUGUUUAUGUACAUGCUGUAUAUCCGAAUCUCAUCUGAUCCACUUAUCUAUUAAAAUAGGCUCUAUUGUUCUAAAGUUCUGAUUUAUAUUAUUAAUAAUGAUUAUUUUAUUUUUCAGUGUCAAAUGUUGCUUUCUUUUCAUGUUCACUCAACAACUACAAAUAUUUUGUUAUUUUUCAGCUGCACAUUUAUUUUGACGUCUUAAAACUUUGUAAAUUAAUUUAUAAGAUAUUAUUAAUUACUGUUCUGUGCAAUGAAACACCCCAGGAGACUUUAAAUAUGAAGGUACUGAAGUCAUGUCAGGGUUUUUGGAAGGAUUGUUUUUGUUUGUCCUUAAAUUAAAA